AUGAAUGUGAUUCGAAAACGAUGUGGUGGUAAUGAGGGGUUGAAAAAGUUUAUCGAUGCAGUCAAAUUACAUCCAACAGUUUGGAUGCAUUCGAUUGAUAAGGAUGCUGAUUUGGAUGCUGGAUCAGUUGAUUGGUGGAACUCGUUUGAAGAAAUUAUCGAUAAACUUGGAUGGCGUCAUAAAGUUAGUGUGGAGAGUGCAAGGCUGGCUUGGAAACAAUUGCGAAUGCAAUAUAGCAAAGAGAGACGGGAUCGAUUAGCUGAUAAGAUGAUCGAUUGUAACGGAAGUGAUUCGAAGUGGGAAAUUUUUGAGCGAAUGACUUUUAUGGAUCGAGUUAUUGUUGGAAUAUUAGUGUACCAAUAUAUCUUGCUUAUGAAGGAAACAUGGAUAUACUGGGUAAUGGAUAUAGCCGAACUGGGUCUUCAUUUCUUAGCUUUGUAUCGUUACAGGGAAAACGGUGGAGAAGAGAUGAAUAACCGAAAGAACGGCGGCACUGAAACAAAAUCACAUGCUACUGCAUGCUGUUCAAGUAGCCAGGAUACUGGUGUUGAUAGUGGUAAGAACAGCGAUAACGGGAGUGAGGGUGAUUGCAAUACGGGUAGUAACAGUAAGUCGUCGUCUUCGAAAGGUGUUGCUCCAUCGCGGAAACGUAAAUUAUCGCAGUCGCAGUCCUCAUCAGUAUUAGCAGUUGAUAAGAGUUCGAAAAGUGAGCAUGGUGAUGAUGAAUCGCUGAACAGUGCCUUAGAAGCAGUCACGGAAUUGGCGGUGAAAAGAGAGAUGAAGAAACUCGGUGAGACUGAUGCAACGCAGCCACUAAAGUUGCCGUCAUUCGUUAAAUCGCAAAGCAGUAAUAGCAACAGCAGCAAUAAGAUUAACUCUCCUGCAUCGUUAGCGUCUCAGAAAUCACCACGAAUUGUGCGUCUUUCAAUGAAAGCACUCGAAUCAUUGUCAAGCGCUAAAAGAGGUGAUCGAGGAGCGUUUGGUACAAAUUACAAAUUUAUCAAAACAGCAGCCACGGUUUCAAAUGGAACGGCGACAACCAGUCAAAAAUACGAACCAUCAAAGUUUAUUGUGGAUGGGAAAAGUGGAACAACGAAAAUAUUCAAAGUGAUUAAAACGAAUUCUGCGACUGGUAAUGUGGCAUCAGUCGUCAAAAAGACAGUGCAAUCAGACUCGAACACUUCAUCAGUGACCACAUCAACAAGUGUGCCGAGAACAAAAACAAUCGAAGAGACUCUCACGAAUCUGGUUGCACACGCGCCGUCCGUAUCCGAAAUUGAUGGUUCUGUGAUAACAACAUCCAAUAAUCGAUCAUAUGAUGAAGUGAUCAUUCCGUCAUUAUCAUCCGCACCAUCCGAUAGUAAAUCAGUAUUGAAUAAUGCAUCGCAUCCGAGUUGUUUUCCAUCCAAAACUGUUGCUCAGCAACAAGUUGCAAAAGAGCAGUCUUCUGCUGUUGUUGAACAGGAGAGCAAAAAAGCAAAAACAUUGAUCAAAGAAGAGCAUGCGAGCUGCUCACUUCCAUCCACCUCUGCCUCAACUCAUUCAAAAUCAGCCGGCGAUUCAAGUGACACUCAACCGGCCACCCUCAUGAGUGUUUUACAGCAAUGUUUGGGGACAAGUAUUGAUAUGAAAGAAAUGGAGUUAAUGCAGCCGUCCUCUUCAAACGAUCUGUUUCCUGCGAUAUCUUCUUCACCGUUGCGUAUCCCUUCAUCAAAUGAUGUGAUCACCGGAGCGUCGCGGACCCCUCCGAUAGUGAUUCGUCCUCGUGCAGUGAGUGCAACCGCUCAAGUGACCGUUAAAAGCAAUCAGCCACCGUCAUUACAGUCCUCACCGUCACAUCCUGGAAUCACAGUGACCAGUAGCAGUGCAUCCACUUCUGCCACAACUUCUAAAGCAAGCAUUUCAACGACAACAACACCACUUACACUCAAUAAUUGUCAAUAUGGUCGUUUGGCGACAUUGGUGCGUGUAACAUCGGGUAAUGGGUCAACAUUCAAGCUGAUUCGAGCACCACCAAAAUUGGUACCCUCACCCUGUUCGUUCAAUGGCCGCGUCAUAAAAGCGUCGACGUCGAAAGCAGUUGAUGGUGUCAAUAAUAGCGGUCUUGAUAAGAGUAGCAGCAGCAAUAAUAAAAAUGUUAAUGACAAUAGGAAGCAAAGCAAUGAAGAUGACUCGUCGUCGCCAUCAUCAAAAGCGAUUAAAAAAGUGAAUCAAGCUGUACUGAGGAACAAGUGUGCGAGUGCAAGUUCAAAUAAUAUCACCACUGAACGAAGCGAUGAUUCACCAAGCAGACCAUUGUUAAAAGCGAUCAAUGUUGUCGGAUCAAAUCAGCAGUCAGCAAUUAAUGAUAGCGUUGCUAACAGCGAUAAUGAUAAGAGAGGUACCGAAGCAAGUCGUGAUUCAUCGCCAGAUUGCGCACCACCUUCUCUGUCGACUAGGUUCACGCCUGCGCCAAAGCAGCCCGAUCCAACUUUAACAUAUUUGCAUAAAGCAGUGAUACGUUCGUUAUUACUAUUUCAAGGACCGUUUUUCACAAUCGGAGAUUUUCGUUUAAGAGGACCAGCCGUCGUGAGGACGGUCGAUGAUGAUAAAUUGAAAGAGUGUUUAGUGAGAUUGUUGGAUGAUGGCUUAUUGCGACGCAUUGAUGAUCAUUUGGAUUUAACGGAUCCUGAGGCUGCGUUCGAAAAGGAGCGAAUUAAGGCCAAAUUGAUCAAAUUAUCCGAUUAUGGCAUCACAAAACAGCAGUAUGCAACCGCUUUAGAACGAAUCGUCGAAACAGCUGGACUUUUUCUCAAAAAAUAA